GUUAUCGUUCAUUCUUAUGUGUGUUUGAUGAUGUUACAGGUAAACAAUGCGAAAACGGUUGAGAAAGAAUGCAAAGCUUUUAAAGCUAAGCUGAGCGAGGAUGGAGUAGCGUACAAAUCACUUGAGGCAAAAGUGGUUGAGCGGGAAGGAAUAUUGGAACAGUUGAACGAAUCAUUGAAACAACUAGAGAAAGAAAAAGCAGUCAUGUUUGAUGAGUGGACAAAACAAUUGAAUGGAUUAAAAGUGGAGGUUGAAUCCAGAAGACGUGAACUUGAAGUCAGGCAAACCAAUGUUGAAUCAGUAGUAGCUAUGGUUGAUGACAAUACUGCCAAGACUAACCAGGUGAGACAGUCAGGAGAACUUAAAGUGAAACAAUUGGCCGCUAAAUAUGAAGAGAUCAUGAAGCAGUUUCAUGAAUACACGGUGUCGUUUGGUGCGUUUCUACCAAGCCUCUAAAGCAGAAGACAGGUCUGAUUGUUAGAAUCACUCUAUUGUCUAAGGUAGAGCGAGAGAGAGAGAUUUGUAAUGGUUAAGAAUCGAUUAGACAUUUUGCUACAAACACGAAAGACAUUACUAGUGUUAUUGUAUUAAGAGGAGAUUAGGUGAGAGACAAGAUUUUAGACCCAAAUUAGUUCUUAGACAAAUUUCAAAGAUUUUUCGUUCUUGUAA